GGAGGUGACGGAGCAGCGGACUGAAGGCGCAGAGGAGGAGCUGGGAUGUCCUGAGCGAGUCCUCGGGGCCCAGAGAACGCUGAGCUGAUGGGACCUGCUGCGCCGCCAUGAGCUCACAGGAUGGCGGCUGCAGCUACGCCAGCAGCGCCAACAUGGCCACCGCUAGCGGCAGCAUGCGGCGGCGCCUGGAGGACCAGGAGUUCAGCCUGCGCGUGUACCCGGGCGCCCUGGCCGAGGGCACCAUCUACUGCCCCGUCUGCGCCCGCAAGAACACCACCGCCGCCGAGGCCAUCGAGUGCCUCAUCGAGCGGCUGCGCCUGGACCGCACCAAGUGCUACGUGCUGGCCGAGGUCAAGGAGUUCGGCGGCGAGGAGUGGAUCCUGAACCCCGGCGACUGCCCCGUCCAGAGGAUGAUGCUGUGGCCGCGCAGCGCCCUGGAGAACCGCAGCGGGCUCUGCAGCGGCGACGACUACCGCUUCCUCCUGCGGGAGAAGAACCUGGACGGAUCCAUCCACUACGGCGGCAGCCUGCAGAUGUGGCUGCGGGUCACUGAGGAGCGGCGCCACCUGGUGGAGCGGGGUUUCCUCCCCCAGCCCGCAGGGAGCGACCCCCCGUCCGACCUGUGCGCGCUCCCGGAGCUGACGGAGCGCAGCAUCCUGGAGAGCCUGCGCGCUCGUUUCCGCCAGGAGAAGAUCUACACGUACAUCGGGAGUAUUCUCAUUGUGAUUAACCCUUUCCAGUUCCUGCCCGUCUACAACCCCAAAUACGUCAAAUUAUACGACAACCACACGCUCGGGAAGCUGGAGCCGCACAUCUACGCCGUGGCGGACGUGGCGUACCACGCCAUGCUGCAGCGCAGGAAGAACCAGUGCAUCGUGAUCUCUGGGGAGAGCGGCUCGGGGAAGACCCAGAGCACCAACUUCCUCAUCCACCACCUGACGGCGCUCAGCCAGAAGGGCUUCGCCAGCGGCGUGGAGCAGAUCAUCCUGGGGGCGGGGCCUGUGCUGGAGGCGUUCGGGAACGCAAAGACAGCCCACAACAACAACUCCAGCCGCUUCGGCAAGUUCAUCCAGGUCAACUACCAGGAGAGUGGCACAGUGAGGGGAGCGUACGUGGAGAAGUACCUGCUGGAGAAAUCCCGUCUGGUGUACCAGGAGCACAACGAGAGGAACUACCAUGUGUUCUACUACCUGCUGGCUGGAGCCAGUGAAGAGGAGAGGAAGUCCUUCCACCUGCUGCAACCUGAGGAGUACCACUACCUCAACCAGAUGACAAAGAAAUCUCAUAAACUCCACUGGGACAAUUACUAUGAGAGCGACCUGCAGGACUGCUUCACGGUGGAAGGAGAAGAUCUGAAACACGACUUUGAGCGUCUGCAGCUCGCCAUGGAGAUGGUCGGCUUCCUGCCCAGCACACGCAAACAGAUCUUCUCUCUGCUGUCGGCGAUCCUCCACCUGGGAAACAUCCGCUACAAGAAGAAAACCUACCGAGACGACUCCAUCGACAUCGUCAACCCCGAGGUGCUGCCCAUCGUCUCCGAGCUGCUGGAGGUCAAAGAGGAGAUGCUGCUGGAGGCUCUGACCACCAGGAAGACGGUGACUGUCGGGGAGCGCCUCAUCGUGCCCUACAAACUCGCUGAGGCGGGCACGGUGAGGGACUCGAUGGCCAAGUCUCUGUACAGCGCGCUGUUUGACUGGAUUGUGUUCAGGACUAACCACGCUCUGCUGAACAACAAGGACCUGGAGGACACCUCAAAGAUCCUGUCCAUCGGAGUUCUGGAUAUUUUCGGUUUUGAGGAUUAUGAAAAUAACAGCUUCGAACAAUUCUGCAUCAACUUCGCCAACGAACGACUGCAGCACUACUUCAACCAGCACAUCUUCAAGCUAGAGCAGGAGGAGUACCGGGCCGAGGGAAUCACCUGGCACAACAUCGACUACAUCGACAACAGCGGCUGCCUCAACCUCAUCAGCAAGAAACCCACAGCGCUGUUCCACCUGCUGGACGAGGAGUGCAACUUCCCUCAGGCCUCCAAUCAGACCUUGCUGGACAAGUUCAAGCGUCAGCAUGAAGGAAACAGCUACAUCGAGUUCCCCGCCGUCAUGGAGCCCGCCUUCAUCAUCAGACACUACGCCGGGAAGGUCAAGUACGGAGUCAAGGACUUCCGGGAGAAGAACACGGACCACAUGCGUCCGGACAUCGUGGCGCUGCUGAAGAGCAGCAAGAACGCGUUCGUGUGCGGCCUGAUGGGCAUCGACCCCGUGGCCACGUUCCGCUGGGCCGUGCUGCGGGCGUACUUCAGAGCCCUGGUGGCUUUCAGAGAGGCCGGCCGCAGACACACACACAAGAAGACGGGGAACGAUGCAGCAGUUCCCUGUGCUGUCGUCAAAACUGUGGACAGCUUCAGUUUCCUCCAUCACCCGGUUCACCAGAGGAGCCUCGAGAUCCUCCAGAGAUGCAAAGACGAGAAGUACAGCAUCACCAGGAAGAAUCCUCGGACUCCUCUGUCAGAUCUUCAAGGCACCAACGCUCUGAACGAGAAGGCCAGCUGGGACGGCUUCGGCUGUAACGGUCGCAGCUCCCGGUCGGGACGUCUGUCCUCGGCAGGAAGUCCCGCCCUCGAAGAAGACGGGAUCUUCAUCAACUCGACCAGCAGCAAACUGCUGGAGAGAGCUCAGGGCAUCCUGCUGAGGAACAAAAACAUUAAAAGCAAGCCGAGCCUCCCCAAGCACCUGCUGGACGUGAAGUCUCUGCGCUACCUGAGCGGCGUGACGCUCCACGACCGCAUCACCAAGUCUCUGCUGCACCUGCACAAGAAGAAGAAACCUCCCAGCAUCAGCGCUCAGUUCCAGGCGUCCCUCAACAAGCUGAUGGAGACUCUCGACCAAUCAGAGCCGUACUUUGUCAAAUGUAUCCGCUCCAACGCAGAGAAGCUGCCGCUGCGUUUCAACGACAGCCUGGUGCUGCGUCAGCUGAGAUACACGGGGAUGCUGGAGACGGUCCGGAUCCGACAGUCAGGAUACAGCAUCAAGUACACCUUCCAGGACUUUGUGCGUCACUUCCACGUGCUGCUGCCUCGAGGAACCAGUCCCACCAAGUCCGGCAUCAGGGAGUUCUUCAGACGGAUCCACCUGCUGCCUGCUGGUUACCAAGUGGGACACACCAUGGUGUUCCUGCGGGAGGCGGAGCGCCAGCGGCUGCAGACCCUCCUCCACCAGGAGGUCCUGCGGCGGAUCGUGACUCUGCAGCGCCGCUUCAGGGCCGUGCUGGAGAGGAAGCACUUCGUGGACAUGAGGAGAGCCGCCGGCGUCGUCCAGCGCUGGUGGCGCUGCGUGCUGCUCAGACAGUCCACCGUGGACUCUGGCGACGAGGACGAGGCGGCGGUUUGCCUGCAGGCGGCCUGGAGGAGCUACAGGGAGCGCCGCAGGUUCCUGCAAGUCCGAGACUCUGCCGUCGUCAUCCAGAGGAGCUGGAGGAGCUACUGCCAUCGCAGAUCUGAGGCGGCUCUGACGGUUCAGACGGCGUGGAGAGGAUUCAGGGAGCGCAGCCGCUACUGCAGGACGCACCGAGCUGUGACGCAGCUGCAGGCGAGGAGCCGGGGACGCCUGGCAAGACUCAGGUUCAGGGAGGUGAAGGAGCAGCAUGACGGACAGCAGAGUCUUGCAGCAGAGACCGAGGCAGGAGACAUGGAGGAGCUGACCUCCUCAGGACAGGACGGUCACGUCCAGGACGUCUCAGUGGACCUGAGUGAAGACUCUCGGCCCGCUCCGUCAGACGUGUUAGAGCGAGAAGAAGACUCGGAGCGAAGUCGGAGCGCGGACGACACGAGCCACAAGAACCGGUCGAAGAGAGAGAGCCGGAGGAUGAGAGAGCUGGAGCAGGCCCAGUUCAGCUUAGAGCUGCUUAAGGUCCGGAGCACCAGCGUGCAGGAGGACCACGUCCCAGACGGCGUGGAGGACCCUCACAGACUCUCGCCCCGGGGGUCCCCCACCAGUCACGGAAGUUUUGAACUGCUCAGCGUGGAGGACAUGGAGACUGAAGGUUCGACUGCACCGAGAGAAGUCGUGGACGUCCAGCUGCAGGACGGGCUGAGGGACGCAAACUUUAACGAAAAGCUUGUGACGGAGCCGCCACACAGGCCGGAGACUCCCAGGGCGAUGUUUUAUAUCGCCUCGGACCAGAGUCCGCUUCAUGAACCCAAAUUUGAAAGCCCCAGCAAGUCGUACAGAGAGAGACGGGAGUCCACGUCUCGCAGGCCGGUCGUGGUGCUGAUCAGCAUGCAGAAGGAGAGUCCAGUGGAGGAGGGGGAGCUGCUGGCAGCCCCGACCCUGCAGGGACCCUCUGAAACUGCAUCCGGCUCCCAGGUGACCCCCGCGGUGGCAGCGUCCGACAUGCAGCAGCCUCAGGGGACCGUCCCCCAGGCUGAGGGUGAUGUCUCUGCAGUGGACAAGUCUUCUGUGGUCCCGUCUUCUUCAGGUCCAGAAUCAGGGAUUUGUGCCUCAGAGGUGGACAUCCAGAUCGUCCUGGAGCCGAAGUCCAUCGUCCCCGCCGCCGCCCCCCCCAGUCAGCCGGAGAGGAAGGCGACCCGGCCAGUGCAGCAGGCCCCCAGCCCGGUCCUGGACACCAAACCACCGAAGGCCCAGAAGAAGAGCUCAGCCCAGACCGUGAUCGUCAACAUGGUGGAGAAACCGUCCAACUCCGUAUUCUCCCCGCCCCGACGCAAGCUGCCCUUCUCCAAGUCGGAUAAAGAUUUGGUGAACCAGGAAAGGUCUCUGGCCAUGUUCAGAGACGACUCCAAAACUGCUGGAUCCAGAAAUAGAGAGGCCUCUCACAAAGACCAGAAGAAGAUCCACAAAACGAUGUCGUCAGGAGACCUCGGGAAGGUGGAGGUCCUCAGGAAAACCUCCAGCCACGACGGGAGCAGGAUGAGAGGAAGGAUUCGCUUCUGGAGUAAGACAAAACACGGCGAGAAGAAAGUGUCGAGAGAGAAACAGGCCGGGACGAGCGAAGCUGCAGAGUCACAGGAAGGUCCCUCCUCGCCCCCUCACAGUCCGGACCUGGAGGCGGGCCCCUCCCGGGGGGUCCGGGACCCUCAGGAGAACAAGGAGACGAGGCGGCGGCGCAGCGUGAAGAUCAGCAGCGUGGCUCUGGAGCCGGCCCAGUGGCAGAACGACGCGCUGCACAUCCUGAGCUCCGCCCACGACUACCGCAGCAUGAACGACUUCCUCAUGAAGAAGAUCGCUGACCUGGAGUCUGAGGACGGGAAGAAGGACACGAUGGUGGACGUCGUCUUCAAGAAGGCGCUGAGAGAGUUCAGGAUCAACAUCUUCAACUCUUACUCCACCGCGCUGGCUAUGGACGAUGGGAAGAGCAUCCGGUACAAAGACCUGUACGCUCUGUUCGAACACAUCCUGGAGAAGACGAUGCGUCUGGAGCAGAGGGACUGGUGCGAGUCUCCGGUCAAAGUCUGGGUCAACACCUUCAAGGUCUUCCUGGACGAGUUCAUGACCGAGUACAAGCCCAUGGAGGGGACCAUCGGCAGGGCUCCUAAACGUGAACGCAAGAAGUCGAGGAAGAAGGAAACGGACAUUGUGGAGGAACACAACGGACACAUCUUCAAGUCGACCCAGUACAGCAUCCCCACAUACUGCGAGUACUGCUCCUCCCUCAUCUGGAUGAUGGAUCGAGCCUGCGUCUGCAAACUGUGUCGAUACGCCUGCCACAGGAAGUGCUGCUCCAAGAUGACCACCAAGUGCAGCAAGAAGUACGACCCCGAGCUGUCGUCGAGGCAGUUUGGCGUGGAGCUGUCCCGUCUGACCAGCGAGGAGCGAGCCGUGCCUCAGCUGGUGGAGAAACUCAUCAACUACAUCGAGAUGCACGGCCUCUACACGGAGGGCAUCUACAGGAAGUCCGGCUCCACCAACAAGAUCAAAGAGCUGCGGCAGGGACUGGACACGGAUGUGAGCAUUGUGAACCUGGACGACUACAACAUCCACGUCAUCGCCAGCGUCCUGAAGCAGUGGCUGAGGGACCUGCCCAGCCCGCUGAUGACCUUUGAACUGUACGAGGAGUUCCUCAGAGCCAUGGGUCAGCCAGACAAGCGUGAGGUGAUCCGGGGCGUGUACUCGGUGAUCGACCAGCUCAGCAGGACGCACCUCAGCACGCUGGAGCGCCUCAUCUUCCACCUGGUCCGGAUCGCGCUGCAGGAGGAGACCAACAGGAUGUCGGCCAACGCCCUCGCCAUCGUGUUCGCUCCCUGCAUCCUCCGCUGCCCCGACACCAUCGACCCGCUGCAGAGCGUCCAGGACAUCAGCAAGACCACCGCGUGUGUGGAGCUGAUCAUCAAUGAACAGAUGAGCAAGUACAAAGCUCGUCUGAAGGACAUCAGCAGUCUGGAGUUUGCAGAAAGUAAAGCGAAGAGCCGGCUGACCCACAUCAGGAGGUCCAUGAAACCCGUACUAAUUGCUGUUAGGUUUAUGAGCAUAACCCGCACUGCCACCCCGCCUAACUCAGCUAAACUUAAGAGCAAAAGCCGAGUUCGGCAGAGCAGCACCCACUCCACGUCGCCUCCUCUCAGCCCCAGAGUGCCGCCUGUGGUGGUGGAUGGAGAGACUGCAGGAGGAGGAGGAGGAGGAGGAGGAGGAGAAAGAGGAGGAGGAGGAGGAGGGGAGGAAGCAGCGGAGGGCGGGCUGAACGAGCAGCAGCAGCUGGCGAUGCAGCAGGAGGAGCGAAUCCUCACCGAGCAGAUCGAGAGUCUGCAGAAGGAAAAAGAGGAGCUGACGUAUGAGAUGUUGAUCUUGGAGCCGCGGACGUCUGACGAUGAGACGCCUGAAUCUGAAGCGUCCAUCGGCACAGCGGACAGCUCCGAGAACAUCGCCAUGGAGACGGAGGGAGCCACGUCAGACCCCUCAGGUCGCGGCACUUUUCGCUCCAGGAAGUUGGAGGCGAAGGGCAGACGAGCUCUGCGCCGUCAGCCCGACUCGCAGGACUCGGCCGACUCCACGUCCACCGUGUCCUCCUACCACCCGUCCUCCUCUCUCUCCUCCAACGCCUCCGGCUCGCCCUCGCCUCACUACCGCUUCCGCUCCUCCUCCUCGGGGCCCCUGCUCACCUCCUGCGGCCUGGGGGCCCCGCUGGCGGAGGCGGAGGGGAGCCACGGCGCCGGCAAGACGCGCCACCGCCUCCGGCUCAGCCGCAGCUCGCCGCGGGAGCCCUCGGGAGGCCACCGCAGGGACUCGGACUUCGGCUCGGGGCCGCAGCAGCUGGUUCUGUACGGCAACAACGAGUUCAUGGUGUGAAGGACCCGACGGAGAAGGAGCCGCCUGAGAAGAAGCGGAGGAGGGAGAGGCCGGGUCACGGGGCCAAGGAUCCUCAGCGCCCGCCCCCCUCCUCCCCUGGUCCAGUCAGAGCGAACGAAGAAAGACUGGAAAUAUGACGAGGUCGGAGACAGCGAAGACUCUGACCUCAGCGCCGUUUGUCCCCCGCUGGAGCCCCGGGGUCGGUCCGAGGAGAGAGAGAGAAGAAGAAGAAGAAGAAGAAGAAGAAGAAGGGAAGGACGGUUGGUGAGACACCGAGGAAACAAACCUGCAAAGCCAAAUCUUUUAAGCCCCGUCUUUAUUUUCAGCAUGUGGGCAGAAAGAAAUGUAGCCAUACGAGGGAACUGUAACCAAGCGACGCCACGUUUACACGGGACACAGCAGCCACGAACGAGGCUGAUCUCCAUCACACCUUUAUCCUACGUCAGUUUGAAGAGACUGUACAGAAAUAUGUUACAUUAUUAUUAUUAAUUAUUAUUAUUAUUAUUAUGUUGCUACGGUGGCCCUGAAAGGUC